AUGGGCGUAGCGUACAAGAUGAACAACAACUCAUUCCACUCCUUUUCGCAGCUGCCUCUAGAACUACGCCGUCUCAUCUGGAAACACUGCCUCCCGCAUCGUAUAGCAGAAGAAGACACCCCCAACUUCCUUCUCGACGGCAACGAAUGCCGUCAAGCCUGCUGGGCCAACCGCAUAACGCACCAAAACGCUCAGCCGCCGGCCAUCGCAUUCGUCACCAGCGAGUCUCGGCAAGUCGCGCUGGAACAGGGACGCCGGUUGGAACUGGAAGAGACGACGAGCCUGGAGUCGAUAUGGGUGCAGCCGCGUCGGGAUGUGCUGCACCUCAACUGGACGCGACUGCGCUACGUCGUCUGGGGAAAAUCACGGCGUCAGAAAUAA